AUAAGGUGCUGCUUUGAAUUCCUCUUGCUGACUUUGUUUCUGUGAAACUAGAAGAGUGGACAGCACAGUGAAAUACCUUCAUCGCUGAAGAGAAACAUUAGCUGAUUAUUCCUUCUAACCAUAGGUGUACCGGUUUUCUUUACCUCAAGCGAUAAUCCAACUGUUACAAAUGCAGUUUGCUGCUGGGAACCUGACAAUGCCAUUCCCAGACAAGUACUGCAUCCUGGGAAUUUCAGUCACUCUUUUACUGCUGGCGCUGGGUAUCUUGGCAUGGCAGGUCUUCAGGUGCUGCUCACAGAAAUACACCACAUACACGCGGCAAGAUACCGUGAACAAUGAUCAGCUGUACUCGGAUGAAAAGUCGGGGACAGCGAGAAUCUACUCAGGAGCUCCAAGCACCAGGGUGGAGAAUGUCAACACAGAGGUCCGCAGGCUGAGUCGCUGUCUGUCUCAGGCCUCAUUACCUUCCUCAGGAUCUGUACAGGCAGACGGAGAGAUGGAAGAGCAGGCCAACAAUAAAAAGGUCGAAGGAACGCUGCGCUUUUCCAUCUAUUAUGACCAACUGCAGUCCCAGCUGGUGGUCACCGUCUUGCAGGUGGAGGGGCUUCUGGAGCAAAGCCCGACGCGAACCCUCCAGCCAUUUGUUAAACUAAGACUCAUGUGGUCAAACUCAGAAGAAGUGGAAGUUGAAGAAUGUACAGACGAAGAGGGUGAAGGGACUGCACCCGUCUUGUGGAAAGUGCUGCAGGAAUGCCGGACUCGCAUUGUGAAAGGCAGCUGUAACCCUUUAUUUGGAGACCAGUUCAGCUGUCCUCUGCUAGAAGAAAAGCAGCUUCAUCACAUCAACCUCAGGAUGGAGGUGAGGGACUUUGAUAAAUUCUCCAGACACUCAGUGUUAGGGGAGGUGAGGGUUCCUUUAGGGCGGCUCAACAUCUCCUACCCUCUGGAGCUACAAGAAGAUCUAAUGAUACCACAGAAGGAUCUUGUAGGAAAGGUUCUUCUGUCGUUAAAGAUUCUACCCACUUCUCAAAGGCUGGAGGUUGGAUUGCUAAAGGUCAGAACAGCCCACUCUGAGAUAUCUGAUGCAGCCCUGUGCGCUAGGAUCAGUGUGCAGUGCAACCAGAGCAAGUUGCGGUACAUGAAAACCUCUGCAGUGGCUCGCUGCCUGGUGACUGUCUUCAAUGAGGUCGCCAUGUUCUCCCUACCAGAGUUUCCUCUGGAGCAGUGUAAAAUAGUGGUGUCUGUGUAUGAAAUGCGCACGGCCAAGAAAUCCCCAAAACAUCUAAUUGGACAGUUGACGGUCGGGAAGGAGAAGAGUUCAGAAGACAAACACUGGAGCGUAAUGAUGUGCUCAGUACGGCAGCCAAUAGCAAAGUGGCACGGCCUUCUGAUCUGACAUACCGAUAGAUUCUCUCCUGUUCUUCCUGGAUGUCUGUCCAGACAUACUACCUGUAUUUAACUGCCAAACGGGGUGCUUGUGUAUUCACUUUAUAAAGACUUCCGAUUUAAACGCAUACAUGUUAGUUCUUCCGGUUUAGCACUUAGCACUUUCGUCAACAACAAAUUAAAUUUGGGGGACAUUUACAUAUGAUUGGAUGCUUUGACAGUACCACCUCCAUCCUCUGCUAGUGGCUGGCAGGAUUAUGUAUGAAAAGGGUCUGAAAUCUCAACUUUUUUAAUAACUCCGUUGUGUCUCUUGGUAUGGAUAGCUCGGCUAUGAGUAACUACAAAAAGUACCAGAACACAUAGGAUGAAUUCUGAAGGUAGGCUACAUAUACAAUUUUGUUAUAAAUGAAGAUGUCAACAAUCUUCCCGGUGUCGCCAAAAUAAAAUGAGGUAGGCUUCAGGCAGUACAACAGCAACAGGUGCAGCCCCAGGUGAGACACAAAACUUGAUGCCCCUGGGAUAAUGAGUUAGUAACAUGCAUAAACAUAAAAUGACAAAGAAAGGAAUGUUUAUCAAGAUUUUACCAGGGGUAAGUAGCCUCACUGGAAAAAAGGCAAAACAAACCAGAUUAAUAUUAACAAUAAUAAUUCAUUUAUUUUUAAUAAAUAAUAAUUAAUUAAUAAAAUGUGAAUCAAUUAAACAAAAAUAAAUGUCCAUUUCCAAACAGAGCCCCCCACAUUUUGAAAAUGUAAAUAAACAAAUAGAAACAAAUUAACUUGACAUGUUCAAUGUGUAACCAGGAAAUGGUUGAUGGAUAAUUGCUCAUUGGAAAAGGAAGAAUGUUGA